CCAUAUUAGACACUUCGGACGAAGUGGAGGAGGGGAUCCUGGCUCCAGAUGACAAGCGUGUCAGUCCGUGACUAGGACCUAAUCCUCCCCAGGUAGCGGCUGCAUGGUUGGCCCGUCACCGAGCGGAACCUCUCGGGCAGUGCAGUCCGGGACGUGUGGUUUUCGUCGCGGUUGAGGCAGACAUGACUUCCCUGACUCAGAGGAGCUCCGGCCUGGUGCAGCGGCGGACUGAGGCUUCACGCAGCGCCGCCGACAAAGAGCGACCCACCGACCAGGAGGACCACGAGCCCCGGCGGGGGGACGAGCAGGACGACGACGACAGCGGGGACUCGAAGGAGACCCGGCUGACCCUGAUGGAGGAGGUGUUGCUGUUGGGACUGAAGGACCGGGAGGGCUACACCUCCUUCUGGAAUGACUGCAUCUCGUCGGGGUUGAGAGGCUGCAUGCUGAUCGAACUUGCUCUGCGAGGACGCCUCCAGCUCGAGGCGUGUGGCAUGAGGAGGAAGAGUCUGCUGGCCAGAAAGGUGAUCUGCAAAUCUGACGCCCCCACCGGCGACGUGCUUUUGGACGAAGCUUUAAAACACAUCAAAGACACGCAGCCGCCGGAGACGGUGCAGAGCUGGAUCGAGCUGCUCAGCGGAGAGACGUGGAACCCCCUGAAGCUCCACUAUCAGCUGAGGAACGUGCGUGAGCGUCUGGCCAAGAACCUUGUGGAGAAAGGCGUCCUCACCACGGAGAAGCAGAACUUCUUGCUCUUUGACAUGACCACACACCCCCUGACCAACAACAACAUCAAGCAGCGGCUCAUCAAGAAGGUCCAGGAGGCCGUGCUGGACAAGUGGGUCAACGACCCCCACCGAAUGGACAAGCGGCUGCUGGCGCUCAUCUUCCUGGCGCACUCGUCGGACGUCCUGGAGAACGCCUUCGCCCCGCUGCUGGACGACCAGUACGACCUGGCCAUGAAGAGAGUGCGGCAGCUGCUGGAACUGGAGCCCGAGGGGGAGAGCGUGAAGGCCAACGCCAACGAGCUGCUCUGGGCCGUCGUGGCCGCUUUCACUAAAUGAGGCUCCACGGCGCCGCGCCGCGCUCUGGGGGUCGGGACGGGAACACUAACUCCAACGCGGGGACUCGGCGGGCUUCCGGCGAACUUCCUGCCUGGACGCUGGGAUCGGGCUGCCCGCUCUCUCACACCUCAUGCUCCUCUCAGAUUUGAUUUCUGGCCGCGUGUCACUUUCGUCUUCACAUUUGUUUAAAAAAAGAACUGUAUGACGUUUCAAAGACUGGUUGGUUUGGGCUGGGCGGGGAUCCAGAUGCAGAUUCAUAUCAUUGGUUCUUUUCUCUGAGGUACGGUGUGUUCUGCUGCAGGUUCUGAAAGAUCAGCCGAUAACUAGGAUUCCGUUUACUCUCAGAUCAAGUGCAUGGCUGUGGCGGUGAAUGCGGUGCCAUCCAGACCAGCAUCGGACACUUCUGACCUUCAGAGAAGCCCCCAGCAGGCUUGCAAGCCGGGCCACGCUGCGGCUUCAUGUCACAACCAAGUCAAACCCUCCAGAUUAACGUCCCGCUUUAAUUUAAAGGUACAGUGGAAGUCCAGUGUUUGAGAAUGAAAUUAGACAAAAGAAAUAAACUAGAAAAAAUCAAACUGUCAGAAGAUUUUAAUCUUAAAGUUCAACGUUUGAAUCAUGGCAGUUUGCCGUUAGCGUUGACCUUCGUGUUCUUUGAAACGCUCUUCUUGUCGGGUUCUCUUUAGCUUUAUCUGUCAAACUGGAACGUCUUGACACCACUGUCCGUCUUAGCCUCAACAUGAGGAGUUCUUCUGGGCGGUGUCUUUAAUCGUUACAUCUCUUGAUUCUGUAAUAUUUUGACUUUCAGAAUGCAGCGUUUUGUUUUUUCACUUUCCCUCAAGGUGGCAGGAAGUUACUUGUACUUCGGUGCAGACGCCUGGUCCGGGGCCUUUCUGCUUCCAGGGAGUGGACUUUCUAAAAAGUGUCAUGAAGGGUGUUAAAGCAGGGAAAUGACCUGAAGGCUCAACAUCACACAGCAGAUUGUCAUUGAUCAGUAGGUUAAAAAAAAUACAGUGAACCAGGAGGAAUGAAGCAGGAUAAGACGGUAGGUCUGCUGUGAUAACUGGCCUUUAUUUUGAAAGAGCUAACAAAAGUAAAAGUGCUCCAUUAUCAUCUCAACCUGUCAAGCCAGCAUGAGAAGAGAAGAGCUGUUUCCAGGCUUGAGCGGGUGUAGUCCUGUGAGCUGCCAGCGGGUGGCAGUGCUGAGCCUCAGGCGCCAAAGCAGAAUACAAUCGAGAGAAAAUCUGAAGGCCUGCUUCUGGUUGGAGAAUUAAAGAUGACUUUGAUUUUUUUUUUUUUUUUUUUUUUUAGCUUCUUUAGUUGCAGGAAUUGAUUAAAGAGAAAUUAUAUUUUUGACUUUUUACUGUGUUUUAGGAAGCAUAAUUAAAAGGACUUAAUGUUGAAAUUUGACAUUAGCUUCAUAAAUAUUAAUUUUCAGUUUCUGUCAAAAAAAUGUUAAAUGAAAUAUUCAUGUAGUCACAUCUGUAUGCAUUGGUGUUCAUGAUUGAAUUAUUGAUUAUCAUGCAGUCACUGAGGUCGAAUCAGUUUUGACUCCCCUGGUUUAGACCUGAUUCGUUCGUUUCAAAUGUUUCGGCUCCUGCCUCCCAAAAAAUAAUGUGCAACUCAACAACUCCUUUCGGAUACCCAGGGGGCCAUUUACACGACAUCGAUCCCUGGCCUCUGGAAACCGAACGCUCGGGCUCCAUCCGGGGCCGACGGUGGAAAGCCGUGCCUUCUCGCCUGAACCGUCGUGUAAACUGAGCCCUGAGGAACCAGCCGGGAUGAGCUGAGCUCUGAAUGAAUGUGUUCAGUCUAACUCGAUGAGUCCGAGGAUUCAUAUGACAGUUCUAAAGCUUUCACAAACUGGCGCCCGGAUUGUCUUUCAGAAAGUCAGACCGUCCUGACCGGAGCAUUUACUGUCCUUUGGAAUCAUCUUGAGCAAAAAUCUUGACGCAUGCGUUGAAAGCAAGUUCUGCGUUUGUUAGUUUUUUUUUUCUUUCUUUUCGUUUCUCCCCAUCAUGGCCGCUGUCUGUGGUCGAGCCUGGAGCGGUGAGGUGGACUGACAUUCCAGAUGCUCCUGUGUGUGCUCGUGUCCCUGAACCAGGACCAAUUCACAGACAUCUUUGCUUUCUGAAGCCUUUUUACAACAAACUGUACCUCUGCUCUUAAGUUCAUGAUUGCCUGUUGUCUUCAUUUGUUUAAUCUGUUUUAACAACUUUUGCUACGCCACCUCUGAUCAUUUUGGAAGACGUUGUACAUGUAGCAAAGGGAACGGGAGGAAGUCACAGAUGGAAAUAUGAGAGAUUAUAUAUGUUAUCUAAAUAAAGGGACCUCCAGUCUGUGUACUUUGUUUGAGCGGAGAAAAUAAACUGAGUUUGGAAGUGCCUGAUCAGAACGCA